AUGUAUGAAGAUCCCGGCUACCGCGAUCCAUUCGCGGCCUGGCACAGCGGCGAGUUACCGGACGGCUCGCUUUGCUCCAAGUGUCUGGAGCUUCAUGGCGUUCAUGCACCAUGCACGCCUCUUAAGCCCCUUCCUGCAGAUGCGGUGUCACUUCCCCCUCGGUCGAUCAAGUCUGGGAUCACGGGCGCCCUCUCCCUCCAUGACUAUCGCAAGUAUUUGUCGCGGUCCGCAGAAUGCGUGGACGAUCCCGUCGAUCGCUCUGAGAAGACACUCAAGCGGAAGACUGCAACCUCCAAUUUGAAUCGUCCACCACCACUCGUCUCGCUAUCUUCGUGUGCGAUUUCGGUGUCCUCUGCGGCGUCAAGCACCCCGCCACUAUCGCCGUCGUAUUCUCAUAGUAUCAUCUCUUACCAGAGUGAGCAAGAGCCCGAGGUUUCAGAGGCAUCAACUGUUGUCAUUCCACCACCCCAGGGCCCACGAGUGCAUCUUGUCUCGGAAAAGUUUACACGCCCUAGGCCGAACCGGAAGCGAUUGAACACCUUCCGCGAGAAGCUUCAGAGGGACGCACAGGCUCCGGGUCAGGCUCGACAACCAUUGCCUCAUCCCCGUCCUCAAGCAUCCACUCCGAUGCUGGCCAACACGCAGGCCGUUGCCACCAUCUCGCACGGCGGUGCCUCCUUUGAGAUCUUGAACCCACGCAAAUCCCUUGAUGUGGCUCGCAUUGUCUCCUUCAUUGAGGAUGUCGAUGGCUGCUCGAUGCUGUCUUACGACCCCCAUCAUGACUCAAUAGUUUCUUCCAACCCGUAUUCGGCGGACGAGAGCUUUGAUGGAGCUUCCCUGUCGCAGUUUACCGAUGCUUCGUUACCAUCGCACUUCUCUUCUCCUUCUUUAUAUGCUACAUCCCCUUCCAUGGGGUACUCCACGCCUAAACGGCAAACAGCCGAUAUCCCCUCGUCGUCACCUGGUGUGCACGACCGAGUCCGCUCGCUCUCCGAUUACUCUCUCCGCAAGCACGACUACUGGACACCCGCACGCAAGGAGGAUGCCACCUCUCCUUUACAAAACAGCCAGAUCAACACGACCCACGAUCUACCAAAUCAACCCACGGUGUCGACCACCGAGCGCCCACAGGACCCCGAAUCCGAACCAGAUCUCCCAUCAGAACCCCAAUCCCCAUCCUCCCAACCAACCUUCUUCUCCGGAGAAAGCGAUAUCGGCGAGCCGGGCUCGCCAGUCUACGCCAACGGCGAAUGGGCGCAAGUCGACGAGCGCGACCGCGGUAUCUUCAUGGACCUCCAACCACCCCCGACCCUAUCACCGGGGUACUCAGAGCCCCCCUCUCCAUAUGACGUUUACUAUGCAAACACCAUGUCAACACCUCUCCCUUCAACACCGUCUUAUAUCCAGCAUUACGAUCCCUAUGACCCCAUUUACUUUGACCCGCACGUUCAAUCUGUCCUUGCCGCCGCGAAUGCGCAUGGUAUGGGAUUACGUGGAAACCCGACGCGUGCCCUGGAUGAUCUGCAGCGCAGAUUUGGCAGUUCGGUUUCGUUAGGCGGGUCUGGUUCGGGGGCUGGGGCUGGGGCUGGAGAGGUGGCUGGGCAUCGGGAGAGGAAGAAUUCCUUUUCGCAGAGGAAGAAGCUAAGGAAGUUUUUUAGUUGGAGAUCCGGGAAUUGA